GAUAAGCGUGGAGCUUCAUCUCUCGUUGAACGGAGACGGAAAGCCGUUUCGAGUGAGAUCAUCUACGUGGAAGUAGAGAUUUUUCGCAAAACAGAAAGAGAAACGAGAGAGAAGAGAGAGGGGCGAAGAGAAGGGUGAGAAGAGGGCGAAACGUCUCUUAGGUGGGGGCUGAUCGAGUAAAAGAGGGAGGCUCUUCUCGAGGGAGGAAGGGAGUGCUGCGGGUUGAGUGUGGUAAUUCGAAAAAUAAGUCUCCGCGGGCGACAAGCACACUUGACCGAAGCACACUCGAAUCGGAAGGGUCGAGCACUCGGGAAUAACAAUUAAUAACGCCAGUCGGCCUACCAGCGAUCUCUCUGGCUGCUCGAGGGUCUGCAGGGAUUAUGUGACCGCGGAAGGCGCCUAGCAUUCGUCGGCCGAGCCUCCAUUCCAACGUGUCGACGGACAAGCGAGAAUGACAGCAUGCUGCGUGACUUGAGGAAAUUCGACGUAUAAUCUCUCGAUUUUUUUUUCCCCGGCAAGUUUGUAAAGGUGAAAGAAGUCCAAGUUUGUUUUUCCGUGAAGAAAAGACAAGGUGGUGAACUUGCACGAUGAGAAAUUGUAACAUGUGACGCGACGAGUUUUCUAGAGUGUGUGGACAAUUAAUAAUGGUUAUAACAAUGAAGAAGAUCGAGGAGGAAGAGAAGAUCUGAAGAGGAGAGACGUCGAGUGCGCAGAAAGAACUGUUUCGAGACAGCUUUCGUCGUGAUCGUCGCGUGGAAGAGAACAGUAGCAGAGCACGGAGUGAUGGAGGACGACAAGCGCAGCGAGGCCUCGCCGAAACCCCUUCAACCGACCCCCUUCAGUAUCGCUGACAUCCUGAGUCGACGAAAUUCUGGCGCGGAUUCAAAGAGAUGCGAUCUGGAGAAAAUCCAGGCCACCGUUUCCAUGCCGAUGAGAAGACAUAAUCGCGAGUACGAGCGCGUGGAGAGCGAGCAGCUUGACGGAAGCUACGAUCACGAUCAGGUGAUUCACUAUCCGAGAUUGCCCACCCCAGAGCUGAACAUGGCGCACGAGCUGGAUCUCUUGAGGAGAAACCUGGCGCAAGCGAAUUUAUCAAAUUUCGGGGGCAUUCCGCAUUUGACCCAAGGGACCUUCAAGAAUCACUUCGACACUCUCGGGAACCUGACGGCGUAUCAGCCUGUCAAAGAACCGGUGGAGACUUCUCAUAGACAGCAGGACGAAGCCUUGGACAUGAGUAAAAAUAAAUAUCUAGACGAGGCGGAGGACGAUGCAUACGAAUCGCAAAAUUCAGGCCAAAGUUUGCAGAACAGAAAAAAGCGCAGUAGGGCGGCAUUCUCGCAUGCGCAAGUCUAUGAACUGGAAAGAAGAUUUGCCGCUCAAAAAUAUCUGUCAGGUCCAGAAAGGGCGGAUUUAGCGCGCGGUUUAAAACUGACGGAGACGCAAGUCAAGAUUUGGUUUCAGAAUCGACGGUAUAAGACCAAGCGGCGCCAACAGCAGGAAUUGGGCGCCCUCGUAAACUCUGGAAGCGCCAGGCGCGUGGCUGUACGCGUCCUGGUACAUCCGGACGAACAUCUGAGGGGAUUGCCUCUUCGUGGUUCCGGGCAACUUCCCGGGCAAAUGUCGAGCCCGCAGAUUCAUCCCGCGAACAAAGCGCUCGGUGGUUUCCCGUAUUAUUGCCUGCCGUAUCCGCUACUCUGCCCGCCCCUACAUGCCACUCAUGUUCAGGUACAAAACCCGAUCGCAUCCGAUUUCGAUCCUAACCAAAUCUCGAAAAUCAAGGACGAGAAGUGAACGAUAGACUGCUCUCGGAGUACCGACUAUUGUUUCAUAUCUAAACGAAGAUGAUGGUACUUCAAGAGAAUGAUGCAAAAUAUCAUCAUUUAGAGUAUGAUGAUACAUUUAGAUAGACGUAUUGUGACGAGUUGAGAAGACUUUUUCUGGAGAAUUUAUGAUUUUGUUUGAGAAAUGAAUUGAAGGACUUGAAAUUAAUUGAAGGCAACACUAUGCUCAAUUACAUGAAAAGUGUAUAUAUACGUGAAAUUUUAAAAUUGUAUUUAUUUGUUAUCUAUAUGGCUUCAUAUCUUGCAUUUCUUAGAAAAUUAAAAAUACUCACAAAAGGUGUUUAAAAUUUGAUUAUACUAAAUGUUAUUAAUAAUUUAUGACGCUGUUUAAUAGGUCAAUUGUAAAAUAUGCUCCAAUUAAACACAUUAUUUCCAAGUCUUUCAAUUGCAUUUCGAUCUAUAUGCACUUCGUGUGUAUAAAAAAUUCUUUCUUCAGAAUUACAUUAACAUGCAAUACAUAAAUAACUGGAUUUAUCAAUCAUCUCGUAGCUGAGAUCAUCGCAUGCGUAUUUAUUGUAAUUCAAUGACGAUAUAAAAACAAUCGUGUAAAUUAGCCUGUAAAUAAAUGUAUAAAAUACAAAAUAUCGAAUUUCCUGCAUUUUCUUUUGUUAUCUAAAAUACCAGACUUUAAACUUGAAACGAAAUAGAAAAAAUUAAAGUUUAAAUUAUUAAGCUUAUAAUGCUUCUAUUAGCUUUCUAUUAAUCUUUCGAUGUUUUUAAACUUCAAAGUUUCAUAUCUUGAAAAAAAUAAUGAUGUUGCAUAACUAUUAUAUUAUAAGAUGCAAAAUAGUGCUUUUUAUCUUAAUUGAG